AUGCCUGGAAUAAACGGUUUCGACACCACCACCGGCGUGAGCUCCUCGUCAGACCCAUGUCCGAAGUACGACCCGGAAGCAGUCCAACUUCCACCGCACCUCCUCCUCGAUGCGUUCCACGGACUCAACGUUUGCGCUCCAAUGGUGCGCUACUCCAAACUCGCCUUCCGAACGCUCGUAUCUCGCUAUGAAACACAUAUCACCACCACACCCAUGACUCUCGCUCGAGAGUUCAGUCGUACUGAAGCAGCACGAAACUCAGAGUUCUCCACAAAUCAGUACGAACGUGGCACGUACGACCUCCUCCCUGCCACUAUCGAGGGAUCGGAGAGUGCACAGCGUGUACUUAACUCCCCUGGCUCCCAUCUAAACGGCACUGUGGGCGAGAUCCAACGAGAAAAGCUCGCAUCGGAAAGAAAAGUAUCCAAGCAAAGAGUGAGGGUACGAGGAGCACUAAUUGCCCAAUUCGCAUCCCCCGAACCAGAACCCUUCGCAGACGCAUCCGAACUCAUUGGACCCUUUGUCGACGGCGUAGACCUCAACUGCGGCUGUCCACAAUCAUGGGCAUACGAAGAACAAAUUGGUUCCUAUCUUCUCCGUCAACCCGAAACGGUUCGUGAUAUGGUUCGUGCAGUCAAAUCUCGUAUGGGAUCCGACUUUUGCGUCUCCGUCAAGAUCCGAAUCGAUCCCGACCUUCGUCUCACCGAUACUCUCGUCAGAAAUGCACUACACGCCGGAGCCUCAGUAUUGCAGAUCCAUGGUAGGACAAGAUGGCAAACUUCGACGCAACCGGUUGAUCUAGAUGGGAUCAAGUUCGCAGUCGACGCGGCAAACACGUGCGGGUUCAGGACGAAUUGGGGAAGUAAAGGUGGAGCGGCGAGUAGAUGGGCAGAUGGGGGUAGUGGAGGGUUGGUUCCAUGUGUUGCUAAUGGCGAUGUGUGGACUUUGGACGAUGCGAUUAGGUAUAGGAAGAAGACGGGGUGCAGGGGAGCGAUGAGUGCGAGAGGGUUGCUAGCUAAUCCGGCCCUGUUUGCGGGGGAGGACAAGACUCCGGGUGAGGCAGUAGGAUUCUUCUUCAAGGUAGCGACAAAUUGGGGGUUACAUACGGGUUUGAUUCAGAGACAUUUGGCGUAUAUGUUGGAGGGCGGGUUCGGAAGUAGGGCGGAAGCGAUCUAUUUUAACUCGUUAAGCGGGAUGGCGAGUAUGACUGAUUAUUUGGAUGAGGUUGGGUUGUUGUGGAAGCCGGAGGGAAAGAGCAUCGGGUAUGGGGAUCCGUUGGCGAAGAGGUUCGAGUAUGGGAUGAACGAUGUGUUGGGGAGGGAGGGAGCAGGGGUUGGGCCGUUGAGGUGUUGGAGCCCAGAAGAGGCGCUAAGAGGAGUCGGUCUCUAG